UUGCACUAAGGUGUUAUUUUUUUUUUUUUUGAAUAUUUUCAUUUUCGUACCCUUUUAUCCAUUUUCGUGUCCUAGCAGUUGGAUUAUAUGUAAUUGGCUAUAUUGCAGCUAGUCAGUAUCAGUUUAAGAUUUAUGUCCUAACUAAUCAGUUCCAUUUUUGUUUAAAUGCAGUCCGUGGCUUUUACUGCACUUCCUCUGUUUGCAAUUGCUGCAAUCUGGUUUGUUGGCUUUGGGUUAUGCUUAUUGCUCAUCUUUCUCUGUUGUUUCUGCUGUAAAAGGCAGCCACAUGGAUAUUCUAGAAUUGCUUAUGCAAUCUCUCUCAUUUUCCUGGUGUUGUUCACAGUUGCUGCAAUGCUUGGCUGGGUUGUCCUAUAUGUUGGCCAGGGGAGAAACACCCGAUGAAGAAACAAAACCUUUACCACAACCAGUGGAUCGAGGCAAAAGAAAAAUAGGAGAAGUUUCUAACCUAGAAAUUGAUGAUCUACUAAGAUUCUCAGAUUUUGUAGAAAACCCAAAAAAAUAUCAACCAGUUGAAACACAUCCUGUUGAUCCGAAUUAUUUCCCUAAAAAAGAGAAAAUAAAACAAACGUCAACUGUUGAGCAAAGCCAAACAAGCCAAACAAGCCAAACUCAACAACAACCUUCUUCCAUGAAUAUAGAUUUGUUAAAUAAACGAACUGUAGCACAAGGAGGAACUUAUUUAGAUCUGUCAAAAGUCUCACUUUCAGAAUAUGAAAAAAGCAUUGAUGAAUGGGUACAAUCAAUGUUUAUUGUAAUAACCAACUACAAAGACAUAUGGAAUAAAGAAAGGUUUCUUAACUAUUUUUGUGGAAUUUGGCAAGGUGAUGCUCUUAAGUUUCUCAAAAAAUGAAAAACUACAAAAUUAGGAAAAUCUCAAAAAGCAAAACUUUUUAAUACUACUACCAUUUCAGGACUUUUAAAACUUCUUACACAAA